AAUAAAAUUAGAACUCUGGUCGGGAAAGUCAAUACAACCAGGUAAAAUUCACCCCGGCGAGCGGGCACGUUAGGGCACUAAUCUCUGUUCUUCAGAAACAGAAGGAAAGAUGCAAUCUUGGAUAAUCUUUUGCAAUCCGAGUUUUCUGAAGAUCUGAAACGAAAUUGGGGCCAUACCUUCCAAUUUCGCCCGUGACAUUGCGAAGUUCCUGAUCGCGAUCACGAACUUUCUAACCGGAAACCGCCUCCGUAGCGCUCCGCGAAAGCGUGAACGAAUUUUCUGGGUGGAAUUCGUGAACUUUUACGUUCUUCAAUUCAUAUCUAUAGCCUGGAAGCUCGGUUUUUUAUAUUGGGAUAGCGGCGCAUUGAAAAAAGCUUCUGGCCAUUUAAAGAAUGCAACUGACUGCUUCUAAGAUUUUGCUUAGACGAAGAGAUAAAUUUUGGUGGAGACUUCAUGCAUUUGUCGUGCUGGAUGUAGGAUCCUCCAUGGCUGAGCCAUGAUGCGUCUUAUCAUUUUCUAGAUAGGAGAUCAAUGUACAAGCACAGUUGUCUGCGAAGUCUACAAAUCAGGCAGUUCAGCCGGUUUCUGGGUCCUGUCAGCUAACAGUGAAUUCAUUGUCAUCCCAGAUGCAAAAUCUUGGCCCUCAUGCCCAUAGAAUGGAUCCUGAGCUGUUGAUCAAGCGUAGGAGGACAACACAGGAUUAUAUCAUUCAAAUUCUUCAGCGAAAGAGUUAUAAUCCAAGUCCAGAAGUUAUGCAGAAAAUAUCCGAGCUUGCUAGGCGCCUUGAAGAACGCAUCUACAGGGAUUCUCUUUCACAGGGAGAGGACUACAUCAACAUGACAUCGACUACAAUUGAACAGCGGUUACAGGGAAUAACAAAGAUUAUUAAUAACAGUCAACAGCCCCAUUAUAUAUCACCAUCAGCUGUCAGUACAAUGAUACCUACACCUGGCAUGCCCAAUUUUGGAAAUAAAAGCUCUACAGUAUCUCAAGGUAACACCAUGAUGUCUGUCAGUGCUGGUGGUAUGACUACACAUGCUGCAGUGAAUGUGGGGAACAUGAUACCUAAUGCUAACGGAUCAGUUGGUUUCAAUCAAAUUGGCUCUUUUAAUGCAUCCGCCGGGUCAAUCUUAAAUGGGUAUCAGCAACCACCAGCCAAUAUUGUCCAUAAUUCCGGGGGAAGCAAUAUGUUGUCAUCCAUGGGAAUGAUGCGCCAAUCAAACCAAAUGAUCCCGACCCCUGGAUUAAAUAAUCAACAAUCCAUUUCGUUAAACUCUGAAUCUUCCAGUGGGGUUGUACACUCUAGCAUGGAUUCAUCCAUGGUUUCACAGCAACAAACGAAGCAGUAUGUUGGAAAUCAUAGCAACCAUAUGUUUCAUGGUGUAGGAAUGGGAGGUGGUACGAGAUCCAACAUACAGCACAAGCCUUCUCCUUAUAGUUUCCCCAAUGGAGUUAUGAAUGGUGCUACUGGUAGUCUAAUUGGGAGUAACCUGCAACAUACGAAUGGUCCUACAGCCCCUGAAGGAUAUCUUUGUCCAGUUCCUUAUGGGGUUUCUCCGAAGUCUUUUCAGCAGAACCUGGACAAACAACAACAUCAGACUUUUGUACCAACAUCAAUGUCGCAGCAGAUGUUACCUUUGGUAGGUGAUGGAUAUGCUAUGAGUACAUCUGAUCUCUCUGGAUCUGCGAACAUAUAUGGCCCUGGCUCAACUGCUUUAUUGUCUGUGAAUAGUCAAAACUUGAACCCAGACGGGAAUUUUAAAUCAAAAACAAACCAAGGAAUGCUUUCUCAUCACACAAGUCUUUCGUCAAUUCAGCAAACUCACCUGAAACCUCAAAAGCUUGAUGGCUCUCAAAGUAUGAAUUUUCAGACAACACCCUCAACACAAGAACAACUUAUUCAAUCACAACAAAAGAUGCAAAAGUUUCAGCAACAACAGUUUCAACAGCCUAACCAGUCAAAUGUACAGCUUGUUCAGCACCCACGAUAUCAUCAACAUAAUCAGCAGCUUCAUCAACUUAUGUCAAAUGCAGAUAAUUUGAGACAGCCUUCCAUCCCUUCAAAUUUUACAGGGCAGCUACUGCCAGAAGUUGGUAUUGAAUGCAAUAAUGAACCGUUCCUUCCACAGGCCAAUGAACAAUUUCACCUUUCUGAAUUGCAGAAGCAAUACCAACAUAAUACAUCCUCUGGGAAUUUAUCCAAAGGUGCUCAAUUGCUUGGUCAGGUGCAGGGUCCUCAGAAUUUUCAGCCUUUACCUUCCCAUGUUUCACAACAGAUUUUGCAAGCAGAGGAGCAGACUGCGGAUUCACAAAAUGAGCUUAGUUGUCUCUUUGUUGGAUCACAAACUGAUGUACGUCCUCAGGAACAUUGGAACCCUCAGUCCCAACAGAAAUCACAAAUCCAAGAGAAUCUUGCAUUUGAUCCGAAUAUACAGGAGGAAUUUCUACAGAGAAUUGUGGAGAAGGAUGAAUCACAUCAACCUGUGAUCUCUUCUGAUGCUCAUGCUUAUAUUGCACGUGCUUCUCUGCCUCAAUCAAAUAGAGUGUCAUGUGAACCUCUUAAACCUAACAGGGAAAGAGACUAUUUUAACCAGAAGAGGUGGCUGUUACUUCUGCUCCAUUCUCGCAAGUGUCCAUCUCCUAAAGGACAGUGCACGGAAGCCAACUGCAUUAAGGUUCAGCAGCUAUGGGUGCAUAUAGAAAGGUGUGAAUCAACUAACUGCAUGUUCCCUCGCUGUUCUCCGUCAAAGAAAUUGAUUAAUCAUUACAGCACUUGUAAAGCAGCAGAUUGUCCAGUAUGCAAUCCAGUGCGCGAGUUUGUAGGGUCCGCGAGGGCACAUAAUUAUAGACCAUCUAGUUCUAUUUUGGCAAACAAGAUGAAUGGCUCUUGGAAAGAUGUUAAGCCUCUGGGUUUGGAUAAGGUGGUGAAUAAAGCAUGUUCAACUCCUAGCGAAGCAUCUGAUUGUCAACAACCUUCUUCCAAGCGCAUGAAGGUUGAGCAUCCUUCUACUCUUGUACCAAAGACAGAAUCAUCUCUGGUUUCUGUUCCUCCAGCUAACCAACUUGAACCUCCCCAGGAGACACAGUUCAAUAACUAUGAACAAGUUGUUGCAGGUUUUCCUUGUAAAUCAGAGGUUUUUGAAGUGAAGAUGGAUACACCCUCGGUAUAUAGACAGUUUCCUAUAUCAGGUAGCCAACUUGAUGAUAUGCCUAGCCAAGUCCUUCCUGCAAAAACUGCUGCUGAACCUUCUCCUCGGAAAGAAUCUGAUGGUUACACCAAGAAGGAAAUGCAUCCUCUUGAGAAAGAGAAUUCUCAUGCUAAGAUGGAAAGCAAUCAGGAUGCUACUGUACCACCAACUGACCCCACUUCUAUCAGCAAGUCUGGCAAACCAAAGAUAAAAGGCGUAUCGUUGACUGAAUUAUUCACUCCAGAGCAAAUUAGGGAGCACAUAACCAGCUUGAGGCAAUGGGUCGGCCAGAGCAAAGCCAAGGCUGAAAAAAAUCAAGCUAUGGAACGUUCAAUGAGUGAAAACUCUUGUCAGUUGUGUGCUGUGGAGAAGCUUACCUUUGAACCCCCUCCUAUAUACUGCACACCAUGUGGUGCUCGCAUAAAGCGAAAUGCAAUGUAUUAUACUGUGGGGACCGGCGACACACGUCACUACUUCUGCAUUCCAUGUUACAAUGAGGCUCGUGGUGACACUAUUGAAGCGGAGGGAUCUACAUUUCCAAAAUUGAGGCUUGAGAAAAAGAAAAACGAUGAAGAAACUGAAGAAUGGUGGGUUCAGUGCGACAAGUGUGAAGCCUGGCAACAUCAAAUUUGUGCUCUUUUUAAUGGAAGAAGGAAUGACGGUGGACAAGCGGAAUAUACAUGUCCUAAUUGCUACAUAGAGGAGAUAGAAAAAGGAGAGCGCAAGCCUUUGCCUCAAAGUGCAGUUCUAGGGGCUAAAGAUUUGCCAAGAACUAUUCUUAGUGAUCACAUUGAACAACGCCUCUUUAGAAGACUGAAGCAUGAAAGACAAGAGCGAGCAAGGCACUUUGGAAAAAGUGUUGAUGAGGUUCCGGGAGCUGAAUCACUUGUUGUGAGGGUUGUGUCAUCAGUUGACAAGAAGUUGGAUGUGAAGCAGCGGUUUUUGGAAAUUUUUCAGGAGGAAAACUACCCAUCGGAGUUUCCUUAUAAAUCAAAGGUUGUAUUACUGUUUCAGAAGAUAGAAGGUGUAGAAGUAUGCCUUUUUGGCAUGUACGUCCAGGAAUUUGGUUCAGAAUGUCAAUUCCCUAACCAAAGGCGUGUAUACCUUUCUUAUUUGGACUCAGUAAAAUACUUCAGACCUGAAAUUAGAACGGUAACUGGUGAAGCUCUGAGGACUUUUGUGUAUCAUGAAAUUCUGAUAGGCUAUCUUGAUUACUGUAAAAAACGUGGCUUCGCUAGUUGCUAUAUAUGGGCGUGCCCUCCUCUAAAAGGUGAAGAUUAUAUCCUAUAUUGCCAUCCUGAGAUUCAGAAGACGCCAAAAUCUGACAAACUAAGGGAAUGGUAUUUAUCAAUGCUUCGAAAAGCUGCGAAAGAAAACAUUGCUGUUGGUCUCACUAAUUUAUUUGAUCAUUUCUUUAUAUCUACUGGUGAAUGCAAGGCCAAGGUCACUGCAGCACGCUUGCCAUAUUUUGAUGGGGACUAUUGGCCAGGUGCUGCAGAAGACAUGAUCAUUCAGCUUCAGCAAGAAGAAGAUGGUAAAAAGCAACUGAAGAAAGGAAAAACGAAAUUGACUAUCACAAAAAGGGCCUUAAAAGCUGCUGGUCAUACUGAUCUUGGUUGUAAUGCAUCAAAAGAUGCUCUGUUAAUGCAGAAGCUAGGUGAAACCAUCUCUCCUAUGAAAGAAGAUUUUAUUAUGGUCCAUCUGCAGCAUGCUUGUGCGCAUUGCUGCAUUCUGAUGACAUCUGGAAAUCGUUGGGUUUGCAAUCAGUGCAAGAAUUUCCAGAUUUGUGAUAAGUGCUAUGAAGCAGAACAAAAACUUGAUGAUAGGGAUAGGCAUCCUAUCAGCAGCAGGGAAAGGCAUGAUCUCUACCCAAUUGAGAUCAGUGAUGUGGUUGCUGAUACAAAAGAUAAAGAUGAGAUUGUAGAGAGUGAGUUUUUUGAUACUAGACAGGCUUUCCUAAGCCUUUGCCAAGGAAAUCAUUACCAAUACGACACACUGCGAAGGGCUAAGCAUUCUUCUAUGAUGGUGCUGUAUCACCUUCAUAAUCCAACUGCACCUGCAUUUGUCACCACUUGCAAUGUGUGCUAUCAUGACAUCGAAACCGGCCAGGGCUGGCGUUGUGAGGUUUGCCCUGAUUUUGAUGUAUGCAACUCUUGUUACCAAAGAGAUCGUUGUGUCGAUCAUCCUCAUAAGUUAACAAAUCACCCUUCCAAUGCUGAUCGCGAUGCGCAAAGUCAAGAAGCAAGACAAAAACGUGUACUGCAGCUCCGGAAAAUGCUUGAUCUUCUGGUUCAUGCUUCUCAAUGCCGUUUUCCACAUUGCCAAUACCCCAACUGCCGUCGAGUCAAAGGGCUUUUUCGUCAUGGCAUACAAUGUAAAACUCGUGCUUCCGGCGGCUGCGUCCUCUGCAAGAAGAUGUGGUAUGUGUUACAACUGCAUGCCAGGGCUUGCAAGGAAUCAGAAUGCCAUGUGCCUCGCUGCAAGGAUUUGAAAGAGCAUCUUAGGAGGUUGCAGCAGCAGUCUGAAUCCAGACGACGAGCUGCUGUAAUGGAGAUGAUGAGACAGCGAGCUGCAGAGUUGCAGGGAACAGACAACUAAUUGUAAUUGUACAGUUUGAUAUUUAUAGGCUAAAUACAGAAGAAAAAGAAAACGAAGCUGAGACAGCUGAGAGACUUAACCGUCUGAUGCUUUCUUCCUGGACAAACAGUUGAUGGCAUGGGAGAGAAAAGCUACAGCUUCUUAUCAGGUAAUUUUGUCGAUUCUAACUAUUUCUAUACCAACCUUGCAAAGCAAAUCAAUAGGGGAAGAAGGUUAGGAUCAUGGUGGGAUGAGAUGGAAAUUCUUUGAUUUAUCAUGCAGUGCAUUGCAUUGCCACCCGUUCAUAGGGUAGCAUUUGUACUAUAAAAUGUUGCAAUUUUUCUGUUGAAGUAGUAACCAACCCCUGUUAUUUUUCUUGCUCUUGUUGUUUGUUGUUUAUCUUUGCCAUUUUAUGUUCGAGAUAGGGAAUGGAGGAAGGGGAAGGAUAGCCUGUAAUUACAUAUUCAUGCUGUCCCUUUUUUUUUGUAAAAUGAUCUCCUAUUAAAUCAUUAAAUAAAUGGCCCGUUUUGUUAAGUA